AAACAUGCAUGUUUAUUAACCUGAUGUAAAACAUUUACGGCUGGUUUCACGAGUGUUUACAUUUUACUUUACAUAGAAGGGGGAGUAACUCUUGUUGUUUACAAAUGUAUUUUUAACUGUGUCUGGAAAUUGGGACGAUCAAACCACAUGAACCAACUGAAAGCUACUGCAGCACGAGACUUUUUACCCAUUGUGCAGCCAACAGCUUUUAGAGUUUUAACCAAGGCAACAUCUCUAUUAUUAUUUACUUUCAAGACUGCUGCAGAAGCACGACCUAUGGCAUUGCGGGAGAAAUUCUUAUUUUUUGGUAGAGCUACUGCAGCACGAGACUUUUUACCCAUUGUGCAGCCAACAGCUUUUAGAGUUUUAACCAAGGCAACAUCUCUAUUAUUAUUUACUUUCAAGACUGCUGCAGAAGCACGACCUAUGGCAUUGCGGGAGAAAUUCUUAUUUUUUGAUAUGGCCAAAACUUCACAGAAUUGUUCAGAAAUGUGUACUGAAGGGAUACAAACUGCAAAAUAAGUGGAAUUUGACAUUAGCUGAUCUAAUAUGGGACAAGACCCCUAAAGGACCUUGAGAUGAGGAACACAGAUUUUUGACUCUCAUUAAAAAAUUAGUCCGCCAUGCAUAUGUGGGAGCUGUGAUUUUAAAAAUUGACAUAAAUGAACUAGGACUGGUGUUUUAUAGAGCUGAUGUGAUGUGAAAAAAAGUAUACAAAAAUAAACCUGAUCAAAAAAUUACAAAGGACAUAUUUUUUAAUGAUUUUUAUGGUCAGAAUUUUGGGGAUUAUUUCCUGUGGAGAGUGACAUUUUUCACUAUCUUUCGGGGUUGGGCACUUGACGGGAAAACGAAUCACACUUGCCACCCCGAAAAUCGCACCACAUAUGUCCAAGUGUCUCAGCUUCAAAACGAGCUAUCAUACAUAUCCAAGUUUACGAUAUGGCCUGAGCAACAGAAGAAAACGUUAACAUUAUGGCCUAUGGAAUAUCUAAUGCGCAUAUUGACCCAUCUUGUGACCUUUAAUUUCAAAGGUGAUGGAGUGUUUCAUGGCUCAGUGACUACAAUAUUAGGAUGAAAGCUGCUGAAAUCAAGAGCUACUGCAGCACGAGACUUUUUACCCAUUGUGCAGCCAACAGCUUUUAGAGUUUUAACCAAGGCAACAUCUCUAUUAUUAUUUACUUUCAAGACUGCUGCAGAAGCACGACCUAUGGCAUUGC